AUGUCCGCGAGCAGCGAGAAGGUCCCCGUCGAGACAGAAUCGGAAUGUGCAAGCACGGGGCGGGCUCCAGUAAGUCCAAAUCAUCAAUUCUUUGCCAACAAGCAUUCAGGUGGUUAAUCAUUCCAGUAGGUUGAGCUUCCUGUCGAGAAUGGUCCAGUACCCCCUCCAGCAUAUUCCUCAGAAUACACAACCUCACCAACUACCGUGACCUCCAAUAGUCCAAUUUCGUCGACUAUGUUAAGCGAUAUUGAAAGAUACCCACAAUCAGUCAGCGAGAUGACAAUUUCAACAGUUAUACCAGCAAGAGAGUAUGUAAUGAGCGAUGAAGAGAGAUACCCAACUGUUGUAAUUCAUUCUGCGCCUGAGUUAUACUCACCCUCGGAUUCGGUUGCUAUCUCACAACCACCAGUUCCUGAUCAAAGCCCUCUGGCACCAUCAGGCAAGGGCAUGGGAAGUUUUGCGAACGAAAUACCGUCGGCAACCCGUCGGAAGAUUUGCUGGAUUCCGAGGAAGACUUUUUUCCUUACCGUACCAGCUGUUUUACUUUUAGUAAUUGGACUCUCUGUGGGAUUAGGGGUGUGGGCUAGCUCUCGGCCUUGGAACAAGAAAAGAAAUUUCCCGGUAAUAACUUCGUCAGGAACUUGGACGAAUUCAAAUAAAUCGACUUGGUUUUCUCAAAUCUACGGAACCAAUCGAACGACAGGAAAGAUGAUGUUGUCUCUCAGUUAUGAACCUGGGAAUUACAGACCAGCAGAACCAAUGAAUCUCACAAUUCAACCUCUAUCCAAUACACCUAUGGCAGCAGUAGCAAAGUUGGGAAACGACUCGGUGAUCUAUCUUAGCCUUUUUUAUAUCAAAGAUCAAGAAAUCAUCACCGCAAAUGUCAGCUGCGUGCCAAUGAUCUGCACACUUAUAGCAAACGAACCCAUUCGGGGAAACCUCACCUUCCCUGUUGCUGGAGACUCUGCACUGGGAGUAGUCUAUCAUGCGAAAACUGAUUCGUAUCACGUCUUUUACCAAAACAAGGAUCGAUAUAUUACACAGCUGACGAGUGAUGACGAUGGAAACUGGGACCAUGGAAGAAUUAUUUCAGCUGGAAAGAGCUUGGCUGGGAGCAAAAUUGCAGUGGCUAAUAUUGGAACAACUGGUGAUAUGCAUCUUCUAUACGUGGACGCAAGCACCAAGACGCUAUUCCAGGUUUACAAUCAGCAGAAGAGCUGGAGAAAUCGUGAGUUUAUGAUUCAGAAUGAUUUUCCGAUGGGGCUAACUUUCACUCAGCUGCACCUGUUUCCACAAGCCCAGUUCCCCAAUGGGAUCCGUCCACAUCAUUCACCUCCACUUACGUUGCGGCCCUGGAUAGUUUGAGGGCAUAUUUCGUGGGUUCCGAUAGGUUAAUAUAUGAACUCCAAGGCAAGAAUGCAUCAUCCCCAACCUUUGCGGCAAUAGCCCGUGGCGACCUUCAGCCUAAUGAGACAAGCGGAAUAUCGACUCCGGGUUGGAAGCAGGAAGUAUAUCAUGAUUUGACGUGGUUUGAAAGCGAUACCACGAGUUGCGGGAUUACUAGUUCAUCUUGGAAUGACCAGAUAAGAUUUUACAGAGUGAUAAAGAAUCACCUGGCUGUAGCAACUUUCAAAGACGGAGUUUGGUCGGCGAAGUGGGUUUGA